AUGCCUUCUUCUAUACACGGAAGAAUCAAAAGGAAAGAGAAAAGUACCUGUCCCAGAAACCCUCAUCUUUCGCCUAAAAUAACAUUCUUAGCCGUUACCGCCAUUAAAGGAAUCACCUUCACCUACCAUACAAAAUUACCACACUGGUGCUCAAUGGAUACGGGCAAACGCAAACAAAUCAAAAGGGCAUUCUAGACCAUUAAUUAUCUCCAUACCCCGACUGCAGGUCCAAAGUCCGAGUACUGAAACCUAUAUAUAAAUACAUCCCCGCCACGCUGCUAGCCGCGUGCAAAAAAUAUUCCAGGCUCCAAAGACCAAAUCAUGCCUUCUCGAUACGAGGUUGAAGUCACCAUCUCUUCUGCCAAAGACCUUAAAAACGUUAACUGGCGCCAUGGCUCUUUGAAGCCAUACGCUGUCGUGUGGGUUGACUCCAACUACAAAUGCUCCACUCGAGUUGACGACGAAGGCGACACCUCUCCUUUUUGGGACCAAACUCUGGUCAUCCCCUUACCAUCUGGUCGCAUCGAAGACCACACCCUCCACAUCGACAUCGUCCACGCCGGCUCCGAGGAAGGCACCAAGCCCCUCAUCGGCUCCGCAAAGCUCAAGCUCAUUGACGUUCUCGACGACGUCGACAUCGGAGAACGAGCAACCCGCGCUCUCCAGCUCAAGCGUCCUUCCGGCAGACCACAGGGGAAACUCGACGUUAAGGUCACCAUUAGAGACCCUCGCUAUCGUGCUCCUGAUGCUUACCCUGAACCUCCUUACGGGGUUCCUCCUCCGUCAUCUUCGAGAGAUCACUACCCUUACGCGACACCCUAUGGUGCCCCACCACCGCAGCCAAAUCCGUACUAUUCAACAGCAGCUCCGCCAACUGGGUAUCAGUACAGCGCGCCCCCACCUCCGACAUACGGGCAGCCGAGUUACGGUUAUGGGGGUUACGGGUAUGGAGAGCAGCAACCUGUGGUUGUGGAGGAGAAGAAGAAAAGUAAGUUUGGAGGGAUGGGGACAGGAUUGGCCGUGGGUGCGGUGGGCGGGGUCUUAGGUGGACUGGCAUUGGCUGAGGGCAUUGAUGCUUUGGAAGACCAUAUUGCUGAUGACGUGGCAGAGAAAGUCGAGGAUGAUCUUGCCUACGAUGAUGAUGCCGGUGGCUGGUGAUGAACGGCAAAGGAUGAUGAUUUCUGAUCUCUAAACUUUGCUAGAAGGGGUCCACGUGAGCAUGACAGAUGGACCCUUUAUCAGUUGCUGUUUCUUUUACAAUCUAGAAAUGUCAGCAGGGGAACAUAUCAUCUCACACGUCUGUCUUUUUUAUAUUCCAAUAAUUAAAUCUAAAAUUAAACAAGUCCUCUA